AUGAGCAACAGAAGUACAAUCGCUGACAAAACGACCACCAUUCUCAGCAUCGACAUUGGCACGUCCAGCGUCAAGUGCUCGGUCGUCCAAAUAGCAGUCCUCGAAUCAUCAGCAUCCAUUAGCAGUCCCGAAGAGAACUACCGCAUUCUCUCCAGCGGCAAGUGUCAGUACGAUGCAACCCGGAUUCGCCGCUCGCCAAACCCCUCGUACAGUCAGCAGAGUGUACGGGAGAUAUUCUACUGCAUUUCGGUGGCACUAGAUCAGGCUGGCGUCUCGCCUAAUCGGUCAUUUGAUCUCGUUUCCGUGUGCGGACAGAUGCACGGCGUCGUCCUCUGGAACGAUGAGACGCUGUUUAGUGAUGGUAACCAGCUCAAUUACGCGGCCAUCAGCGACAACUACGACUGGACAGAUGGUCGCUGUACAAAGGAUUUUCUGGCCAGCCUGCCGCCGCCUGACUGUCACACUGACGUGGUCAGCACCGGCUACGCGGUGGCCACCAUCUUCUGGUUGGCCAAACACGAGCCCCAAUAUUUGAAGCAGUUCAAUCGAGCAGCGACCAUUAUGGACUUUUUCAAUGUCGUUAUGUGCAAACUAAAAGAGCCCUCCAUCAGUAUGCAAAACGCCAACAACUGGGGCUACUUUAAUACGGAAAAGCAGGCGUGGAAUGUUGAGUUGCUAAAAGCAAACGGCUUCCCAGUCAGCCUGCUGCCCACCGUUGUUCCACUGAACACCGUUGUAGGCCGGACGGCCAACUUUGCCCCCAUUGCCGAUGGCAUUCCAGUGAUGGUCUCCUACGGCGACCUGCAGGCUGUCCUGACGGUGGCAUUAUUGAACAACGAGGACGCUUUAGUACUGAACAUGGGCACCAGCAUUCAACUGGUGCGCUUUGAGCCGACCGGCUUCAGUCCGCCCAGAAAGUCCACCUCUCCGAAGCCGUCCGUAGACUACAUGCCCUACGAUGCCAGUCGGUACCUGGCCGUGGCCGCCGGACUAAAUGGCGGAAAUGUGCUGCGCAGCUAUGCCGCCUACCUGCAGGACAUUGUCCGCCAGCUAACCGGCCUGCAGAUGACCGAAGCGGAAGUGUGGACAAAGUUGGCCUCCAUCUGUGAGCAGGAAGAGGAAGAAGAAGAAGAAA